CAUCCCCAGCCUGUCAGUAGCCACAUCAGAAGAAGAUCAUGGCACUGAGAGGGCCACUUCUUCCUCCUCCUGCGGGCAUUCUGUGCUUGUCCCUGUUGGUGUUACUGGUCCAGGGCAAGGGGUGGCUGAGCAGGGCAAGGAGUCCCCGGGAUUUGCAGGAAGCGGAUGGGAGAGUUGGUUUGGACGGGGAUUCUUAUUCUCCAAGCGCUCGCUCCAGGAGGUCUGCACCCGCAGAUCACAUCUCUCUGAUCAGCACCUCGUUUGUGCUAAAGGGGGACGCUUCGCACAACCAGGCGAUGGUACAUUGGACCGGGGAGAACAGCAGCGUGAUUCUCAUAUUGACCAAGAACUACCAUGCAGAUUUGGGGAAGGUUCUUGAGAGCUCACUAUGGAGGUCGUCUGAUUAUGGAACUACGUACACAAAAUUAAAUCUACAGCCUGGUGUCACCACGGUCAUAGACAACUUUUAUAUCUGUCCAUCAAACAAAAAAAAGAUAAUUCUUGUCAGCUCUUCAGUCUCUGAACAAUGUCUCUUCACAAGUAGCGACGAAGGGGCCACUUUUCAAAAGCACCUCAUUAAUUUCUCUGUGGAGACCCUUAUUUUUCACCCUAAAGAAGAGGACAAGCUCCUUGCCUACUGUAAAGAUACAAAGCUCUACAUUUCAUUAAACCUUGGGAAGACAUGGGAUCUCCUUCAAGAACACGUGACUAAAGAUCAUGUAUUCUGGUCUGUUGCUGGAGUUGACACAGAUCCUGACCUGGUUCACAUGGAGGUUCAAGAUCCUGAUGGAGGUUAUCGAUACGUGACAUGCCACAUUCGGAACUGCUCUGACAAAACACCAACAUCGCAGUUCACUGGGAACAUUGAUCGAAAUUCUCUGACCGUACAGGACGAUUACAUCUUCCUUAAGACAACCUCAGGAAACCAGAGUAAAUACUACGUAUCAUACCGACGAAAUGACUUUGUGCCAAUGAAGCUCCCAAAAUAUGCCUUGCCGAAGGAUUUACAAAUAAUCAGCACAGAUGAAAACCAGGUUUUUAUCGCCGUCCAAGAAUGGUAUCAGACUGACACGUACAAUUUAUAUCAGUCCGACCCACAAGGUGUCUAUUACUCCAUAGUUCUGGAGAACGUAAGAAGCACAAAGCAACCGGAAGAAAACGUCAUCAUAGAUAUUCUAGAGGUUAGAGGUGUGAAGGGUGUGUUUCUGGCCAAUCAGAAGAUUGAUGGAAAAGUAACAACGCUCAUCACAUACAACAAAGGGCGAGACUGGGACUACCUAACUCCACCGAACGUUGACAUGAUCGGCAAGCCAACCAACUGCAAACAUCCUGAUUGUCACCUUCACCUGCACCUCAAAUGGGCCGACAAUCCAUAUGUAUCAGGGACCGUCCACACCAAGGACACGGCACCAGGUCUUAUUAUGGGGGCAGGCAACUUGGGAUUGCAGUUAGUAGAAUAUAAAGAAGAAAUGUACAUCACGUCAGACUGCGGAAAAACAUGGAGACAAGUCUUUGAAGAAGAACAUCACAUAUUGUACUUGGAUCAUGGUGGCGUCAUUGUGGCAAUCAAGGAUACGUCAAUCCCUCUAAAAAUACUCAAGUUCAGCAUGGAUGAAGGUCAGACUUGGAGUAUACACAACUUUACCAGCACUUCUGUAUUCGUGGACGGACUCCUCAGUGAGCCAGGAGAUGAGACCUUGGUCAUGACAGUGUUUGGACACAUAAGUUACCGAUCAGACUGGGAACUGGUGAAGGUGGAUUUUAGGCCAACUUUCUCCAAAGAGUGUACCGAAGAGGAUUAUGAUUCAUGGGACCUUUCUAAUAUACAGGGGGACCAGUGCAUUAUGGGUCAACAGCGAAGCUUUAGAAAGAGAAAACUGACCUCUUGGUGCAUUAAAGGCAGGAGUUUCACAUCAGCUCUGACAUCUAAAAUAUGCCAGUGUGAGAGUUCAGAUUUUGUAUGUGAUUAUGGAUUUGAACAAGAGAGAAAUCCGAAAGAGUCAAAUAAAUGUUAUCCUGAUUUUUGGUUUAACCCUGAAUCGCCUCCGGAUGAUUGCACGUUGGGACAGACAUACACAAGCACAACAGGUUACAGGAAAGUUGUAUCCAAUGUGUGCGAAGGUGGCAUUGACCUUCAAGAGAACCUAGUUCAGUAUCCGUGCCCUUUGAUUGCACCAAAAGGUCUACGAAUCACAGUUAAAGGAGACUCAAUGACUGUAAAACCCGGAGAAGAUAUCACAUUCAUUGUACAGCAGGACCAGGGAGAUGUUUUAAAUACCAAAUAUCAAGUGGAUCUAGGAAACGGGGCAAAAAUGAUAUAUGUGAACCUAACACAGAUUGCGAAACCGAUUAAGACGCGUUACGAGACUCCAGGGAUCUACCGCGUCUCAGCCAAGGCAGAAAACGCGGCCGGCUUCGACGAGGCUUUAGUCUACGUGCAGGUCAUCUCUCCUCUGCAGGCUCUGCAUCUAGAAGUCGUGCCAGUUGUCGGCAAAAACAGAGAAGUGAAUCUGACAGCUGUUAUACAGCCAAACAACGUAAACUUGUCAGUGUUUUAUUGGUGGAUUGGAAACAACUUGCAGCCAAUUCUUACUUUGGAAAGUUACCUGGUGACAAGGUUUUCAGAAGCUGGAGAGUUCCGGGUCACGGUCCAAGUGUCUUAUUGGAACUCAAUGUUGCAAGAUUCCAAAACAAUCAGAGUGUUUGAUGAAUUCCAAGUUCUUCCCCUCAUGUUCAGCAAGCAUCUGGACACGUAUAAUCCAAAUAUUCCAGAGUGGAGGGAAGACAUUGGUCAGGUUGUGACCAGAUUACUUGCAAAGGAAACAAAUAUUCCAGAGCAAACUCUGGUGGCUGUUGUUAAACCAGGACUCCCAACUACUGCUGAUCUGUACCUUCUCCCAGAAAAACAUCAACCAAAGAGGAGGAGAAGUGUGCCAAAUGAGAAGAGAAUAGCUGUCAUAAAACAGGCUCUGAACGCUCACAACAUCAGUUUUUUCCUGAGAGGUGGAUCGUGGGUCUUAGUAACGCUGCGUGAUUCCAGCUCAGACCCUGGCAGGAUCAGCGGAGCAGGAGGCUACUGGGCAAUUGUCUGUGUCUUUGCCAUAUGCCUGGUGGCGGUUGGAGCUUUUAUCCUAUAUAAAUUCAAAAGGAAAAUGCCAGGACGGAAUGUAUACGCCCAAAUGCACAAUGAGAAGGAGCAGGAGAUGACCAGUCCAGUAAAUCACAGCGAGGACACCCAAAAUAUAAUCCAGGGAGAGGAGUUCAUUGAUGACGACAUGGACACGCAAACUCUAGGACAUGCAAGAGUGGCUCUCUCUGGGAGAGGUGGAUACACAAGCAGCUACAAAGUUCCCUUGUUAUCGAUGCCUGCCAGUGUCCAUUCGCAGGUAAUCACUCAGGCGUGGUUUUGAGCAUUAAUUCCAGAGAGAUGCACAAUUACCUGGUUAGCUGAUAUUUACCGUUUCUGGAAAAUAUUAGAGACUUGCUGUUCUUCUCUGUUGUAACAUUUCUCCCCGGGAAGCCACAGGAUGGACUGUAAGAGGAAGCGGAGAAGUUUUUUUCUAACCGUUAUGAAGAUACCGAUGUCUGUUACGACGGAAGACCAAUCAAACCCCUUCACAUAUAAAAGACUUCUUUUCAAAAGACGGUUCUUAGAAUUCAUAAUCAAAUGGUAGCGAACCUUGUAACCAGGACGCAUUUUCUGUGAUCUGUUUAUAUUCCGUGUAUACCUUAUCACUUGUAUGUUUUCUUUAUUUGGAAAGAUAAACCUCUGUUUUUUUUUCAAUGUCCACUUUUUCUUUACAAUAAUGAAAUAAUGAGAUUUGAGGCUUCUAAAUGUUGUCGCAAUUUGGCUUUGCUCCGGGGAAAAAAACUGGCCAACUGGACCAUGAAUAGUACAGAUUAUUGGUUAUACCAA